AUGGCAGCUACCCAAAAAGACGAGACGCAAAUCGCCAGGGCGCAAAAGAUGCAGAACAUCCCCUGGUGCGAGCAGUACGAGCGCAUGAUUUCCGGCAUGCUCUACGACUCCUUCACCCCCGAACUCGAAGCCGCACGCUUCAAAGCCCGCGCCUUCUGCCACUCGUACAACAACUGGUUCCCCAGCGACGACCCCACGGCCAAUUUCCAAACGCUGCUGACGCACCGAGCCUCGCAACUCAAGGGCAUCAUCGGCCAGCUCGGUGACGAUGUCUUCCUUGAACCCCCCUUCACCGUCGACUACGGCUGCAACGUGCGCCUCGGCGACCGCGUCUACGCCAACUUCAAUCUGUGCAUCCUGGACUGCGGCAUCGUCACGAUCGGCGCGAGGACCAUGUUCGGGCCGAAUGUGAGUAUCUUCGCCGCCACGCAUGAGACCGAGGUGCAGAGUCGGCGGGACAAUGUCGAGUAUGCGGGGCCCGUGACGAUUGGCGAGGAUUGUUGGAUCGGUGGGCACGUGGUGUUCUUGCCGGGUGUCACGGUGGGUGAUGGAUGUACGAUUGGCGCAGGGAGUGUGGUCACGAGAGACGUGCCGAGUUGGAGUGUGGCCAUGGGACAGCCGGCGAGGGUGGUGAAGAAGGUCACGCCGGCGCCGUUAGUCAAGGGAGGGGAGGGCCAAGAGGGUGAGGGCGCGGCAGCGGCUUCUUAG